UCCUCUUCUCAGCAGCCUCCUCAGUGAGAGCCACGCUGGUUGCUCGCAGCCAUGAUGCCUAAGCACUGCUUUCUAUGCCUCCUCAUCGUGCUCUUGACCAGUGCAACAGAAAUGCAGCCAGCUCAUGUAUCUCUGAAGCCCCAGAAGGUCCAAUUUCAGUCCAGAAAUUUCCACAACAUUUUGCACUGGCAACCAGGGAGCUCCCUCACCAGCAACGACAGCCUCUACUUUGUGCAGUACAAGAUAUAUGGACAGAGACAGUGGAAGGAUAAAAUUGACUGCUGGGGGACCACAGCGCUCUUCUGUGACCUGACCAAUGAGACCUUAAACCCCUACGAACCGUACUAUGGGAGGGUGAUGAUGACUCGCGCUGGAAGCCACUCUGCCUGGACCAGGACACCCCGCUUCACUCCGUGGUGGGAAACAAAACUAGAUCCUCCAGCCGUGACUGUUACCCGAGUUAAUACAUCUUUGUGGGUGCUUCUCCGUCCUCCAGAAUUGCCAUAUAGAAAUCAAAAUGGAAAAAACACAACCCUGGAAAAUUACUAUGACUUGGUAUACCGAGUUUUCAUAAUCAACAAUUCACUAGAGAAGGGGCAGAAAGCCCAUGAAGGAACUCAGAGAGCUGUUGAAAUUAAAGGUCUGACACCUCAUUCCAGUUACUGCGUAGUGGCUGAAAUGCGACAACUCACGUUCGACAGAAGAAGCCCGCGAAGCAAGGAGAGCUGUGUGCAGAUUCCUCCCUGAACUGGUCUGAGGCGCUGAAGCUAGGAGCGUGUUGGGAAUGGGACGACUUGUGCCUGGAGCUGUUUACUAUACUUCUGUUUUGAUUAUCUUAGAGCAAUAUCUACCCACACCUUUCAAGGAUUUCUUAAUCAGUACUUUCAUUUCUGGUAAUUUCAGUUAUAAAGUAAAGUUGAACAGAUUCAAAAAUAGAAUUUAAAGAUGAUAUAAAGAUGUACAUAUUGCGGGUGAUGUACAACUUUAAUCCCAGGAUUGAGAUCUGACUUUGGAGCCAGCCUGGUCUAUAUAAAGAUAUCCAGGUUAGCCAGGGCCACACAGUGAGACCUUGCCUCAAUAAAAAUAAGAUGUUAAUUAAAAAUGUUCUAUACAAAAACAGAAGCUUAUUUGGAUAUUGCGACCCUAACGAUAAUCUUUUUCUUCUGCUAAAACCCCCAAAUAAGAAUCAAAUAAUAAUAGGCAUUUAAUAAAUGUUGCAAUAAGUUUUAAAGCAUUAUAACAGAAAAUUCUGCAACAGUAAUUUUUCACACUCUAUUAAACCUUUUGCUUUGCCAGAGAUACACUGAUUUAAUAUUUUGUGUGAACAAGUAUAUUUCUGUACAUUUCUAUUUUAUAUGAACAUGUUUUCUUUUUUUAUUUCUUAUGGGGGAUUUCUACUUAGUGAACUAACACUUCAAAAAUAAUCUCUUGUGGCUCUGAAUUGUUCUCUAGAAUAAGAUUUUUCAACAAGAGCAUGCAAAUAUAGAAGGAAAUAUGAAUAAUACAAUUUCCCCUCACUUAACACAUAAUCUUAGUAACAUUACCCUUUCUGGUUUUGGUUUUAAUAUUGCCUUAGAAUUUAACCUAUGUAGUCGAAAUGGAGCAUAUAUUUUUCAUUAGCGAAGACAGAAGAAACAUAUAAGCCACACUGAUAACUCAGCCAUUCAGGCAAAGGGGCCUCUCUCUGUUAGCAGAAUGAGAGUUGGGCUGGGGGCGUUGGAGUCCCUAUGGGAAACUUGGCUUGAAGCCAAAAGGCACACAGUGGAUGCUUAAACUGUUUCUGGGAUUAUAAGGAAAAUCACAACCCUGUGAACUACAUUGCCUCUCCUGAGCAACAAUCAGGCGGCAUAAGGUUCAGAAAGUGAACAACUUUGCUAACUCUGUCUGUAGCUCUUGAACUGAGACGAUUGGCUACUGAAAAGUCAUUAGGAGAAAACAUUUGUCAUCUUCGUGGAAGAUGCUCCAAAAUACAACUCCGAAGAGAACAGUCAGUGCGUCCGUCUGCCUACUUCUUUUUUAGUGAUAAAUGGUCACAGACCAUUAAGAACAUGGGAGAUGUUCUUAAUGUUAAGAACCAUUAAGAAUAUGGGAGACUGUGAAAAGCAAGAGCUAGGGCAUUGUCCUGGUUGUCUGCCUUCAAUCUUACUUUUGAAUGAUUCAAUUUCUAUUUCUUUUGUGGCUUAGCAUCUGCUUGGGGAUUCUUUGGAAUUUUGAUUGUUUGUUUCCUGUUAUGUACUUUGGGAAGGAUAACUCUUCUUUGGGAAUCAGGACCAUGUAUGGUACCAGCAUUUAGGUUGUGAGACUCCGUAGUCUAAAGCCUCAUAAUACAAAAGGCAAUUGCUGGCAUGUGAAUGUUGGCAGGUAACAGGGUUAGCUUCGGUUUUGUGUGCUCCGGGAUUUCCUUUAUGCACGAGCGCAGCUGUGCUCACACAAAUGUAAAAUGCUUUGAAAGACAUUACGAUUUUCAUGUUCUUGAUCAUGUUAGUGCUUCAAUAAAUCUUAAUUUGUACUUUA